AUGCAGCCCAUCCUCUACGAGUUCCACAAGUCAGUCUGGUCUGCUGCCGCCGAACUCGCUUACGAUGAGCUCGACAUGGCGGGUAAGGUCGACCGAAAAGUCAUCGAUCUCCGCGCAGGCGAGAAUUUCGAUCCUGAAUAUAUCAAAAUUGCUCCCAACGCAACGAUCCCUGCCCUCGCCGCCGAUGGUAAAGUUUACGACAGCACAAAGUCGUCCAUCGAAUGGAUGGUCGAGCACUCGUCUGUCAAGGUCGCACCCGGGUCUUCGCUAGUGGAUAAACUGCAUGAAGAUGCGCUGGAUCCGAAUUUCGCGUUCGUAGCUUCUCGCAAUGAAGAGGAACUCCAAGCAAAGGCGAACGGCCUGCCUGGUGCUUCUAUCAAAGCCCGCCUCGGAUACCUCAAAAAGCACUCCGAGAGUCCCGGUGCUGCACCCUACUCCUCUUUCUACGAGCGCAAAAUCGCCCAGGUAGGCGGCCUCGUCGCUCUCCUGAACAACCAAGUCCCCGAGACCGCCAAAUCCGGCUUCUUCGCAAGGUCGACCGCUCUCUGGGACAACAUCGCCGCAUUCCUUUCCACGACGUUGCCGGCGCUUCUCGAGGACAAGAAAGUCGAAGAAGGGAAUUUCAUAGGAGGGGAGAGGCCGGGUGUGGAUGACUAUCAUUUGGGUGCGUGGUUGGCAAGGAUUUCGUUUGCUCAAGGUGCGAAGGGCGGUGAGGAUGCGAUGGAGGUCUUGGGAAAGAAUUUAGUAGGUAAGCCAGUGGACAGGAGGGUUAGCGCUUAUUGGAAGGCUUGGGUAAGUAGAGAGAGUUGGAAGAAGGUGUAUGAAGACGGCCUUCACUAA